GAAGCAGUAGAGACAGCUGUGUGUGAUGGGUGGCGUGAGCAACUGCCUGCUGUGGAAUGGCUCAAGACCAUGCAGGCCACCAUCAAUACCAGGGGUCGGCCACCGCGGGCAUGGUCGACAGACGUGUGUGACGUCCUCCUCAAGUACAUCUGCUCGGGAAGCCAGCCAAGGGCAAGGGUGGUCGAGUACCUAGAGCAUGCCCUUGUGGUGGACGUGGUGGCUCCGGUUACAUACCUUGCCGCUGUGAGUGCGUUGGAUGUCGAAGAGCUCGUCGCCCAUCCGGCAAGGCUGGCUGCUUUGGUCAGGUUGCUCUCCACCGCGCUCUCUUCGCUGGCGGUCGAUGUCGACUCGCUCGGGCUGGGGGAUGGCAACGAUGAGAGUGCAGAGCGCGAUGGCGUGGUCGAGAUGAAGACCACCGUCGUGUCGGCCGUCGACGAGGAGGCUGCUGCUUUGAUCUCGGGCCUCUCGUUUGCCUUCCACGCCCUCGGUGCCUGUCUCGAUGCUGUGCUGCGGAACGGCUCCACCAGCCAGCUGGGCCUCAUGGCCGCGGCUGAGAACGCGCAGUCACUGGUGGCGCUGGUUGGUGAGGUCCUCGACGACCAACUCUGCUUCAUUACCCUUGUUGUUGCGGUCCACGAUGUGCCUGACGACUGGCGCGCGCUGGUGAGUGCAGCGCAAGCGGUGCGGCUCUCGCUCGAUGCCGCCGAGGCCAACGGCGUCUCGGCGCCGGGCGACAUCCGCAUGGCACUGGCGACGGUUGUGGCUCGGAUGGAGAGCGCAGAGCAUCCGCGGCGCCAGGCAGUCAAGGCCGCGCACGGCUCGUUUCUUAUCGGGCCAGCAGCACUGACGACUGCCCCGUUUGAUGUCUCUGACGCUGUCCAGUACCGAAUGGAGGCGAUGGGGCACGCGCUGGUGGUUGUUUCGGACGCCGACAUGGUGCGCUCGUUCAUGGUCCUUGCCGAACUCUCGCAGCUCCCGCUCGGCGAGGUUGUUGCACAAGUUGUUUCCGGGGCGUACAUGAGCUAUCAAGACGUGGAUGUUGUCGACGACGUCAUCGCCUUUGCCUCCCUUCCGCGGCUGCUCGCGCUGUGGCAGGCAUCUGCUGACGACCCUGCGGCCUUUGCCGACGCCCUCUGCUCCGCCAUCCUGCAUCUGUGGCAGGCAUCGGAGAAGACGCCGGCCAACGUGGUCUGCUUGCCCAAGUUUGCGCAAGGUCUGCUGGCAAGCCUCCCGCACCACCUCCAGCUCUCGAUGGCGCAGGCUGAGGAGUACACCCAUGCCGGGCUCCAGAUCGAGUCCGAGGCGGACAAGCUCGGAUCGGUCUCGCGCAAGCUAUCCAAGGCAGCGAUGCCGCUGCCAAACACGCCUGUAGGCAUUCUCGACGGCGACGACGACUUUCUCAAUGACUUGUUUGCUCCCUCCGAGUCCGAGUCUGGCGCGGCUACGCCGUCACUGGCUGCCGGCGGCGUCCGCGCCAAGCCGGCGGCGCCGUUUGUGUCUGAGGCGAGUCGAACCGUGGCCUAUGCUAUCGCUUCGGGCACAGCGCUUGCGCCUCUGGCCGUAAUCAACGACCCAAGCGUCGUCGCCACCAGCAGCCAGGUCGGGCCCCUCUUUGCCCACAUCAGAAAUCCGCAAACUCCGCUGGAUGAAGCUGUCAAGCUCCUCACUCAGCUGUUCUCGGACAAGGUUCGGAUCGAGGUCGCCGCCGCUGUUGCCGAGCAUGUGGUGGAGAUGGUGAGUGCCAUGGCCGACAGCGUGGACACGCUUGGGCGCUCGGACAUGGCGCUUCUCUACUCGCUCCUCGGCGCCACUGACGCGGUCGCCAUCCGGCUCGCACAGAUCGGAUUGGGCUUGCAGUACGGCGCUGCUCUGGCGCGGUUGGCGCUGGCACUGAUUGCGCUGUCGGGCAGUGUCGGCCACGGCUUGGCCGCGCCCGCUGUUCUCCUCUUUGUCUCGUUCUACGACAAGCUUGAGCUGGCCAGCUACCUCUCGUUUGAUGUCUUUGUGCAAAGCACGGCGGCUGAGAUCGGCGAGGCCUCCGCCAUCUCUGCGGACCUGCGCGCGUUGGUUGAGGCUCACCAGACUGUGUCUGCCGCCGCCGAGUCGGAGGCGGCCAAGACGGCAACACAGCAGAUGAAGGUCGCGCUUUUUUCGACUUCGAACGCCCAGCGCGUGACAGGCGCGCUCCAGACGCUUCUCGAGGCCAUGAGCCCUUGGGCAGCGGGCGUGGCGACGAUGGCAAUCGUGCAGAACAUCGCCGAGCGGCUGCAUGGCGCCGACGUGGCGACGGCAGCGUCGCAGCUGGCAACCAUCAUCGAUGUGCUUGUGGCUUUGGGCAAGCUCUCGCCGUACGCCAUGAUUGCGCCGCUGUGGUGGCUAGCGACGCUGCCCGAUGUGGCGUUGCAGGACGCGGUCGGAAAGUCGGCAGCGAGCCUGUUCGAGUCGCUGCCGAACCUGCCCGGCUUGCGCCCGGUAGUCGCCAGACGAAUGGUCGCUACGUUCCGCCAGCCGUGUUCCGAGUCGUCGCCGCUGGUGGCCAUUGUGGCUGCGGCCGGCGGGCGGACAGUCGGCGGGCGCGAGGGUGAGGCCGACGGGGCAGUUGUUGGCGUGGCCGCGAGCCUCCGCCUCGCCAAGUGGCUCCGCGACCACGAUAUGCGCGCAGUGCGGAUGGUGCGGCAGCUGGCACUGGUGACAAGCACCCGCCACGCGGUCGACGCAGUCAUCGACGCAGCUGUCGGCCCCAACUCGCCCGCACUGCGGCUCGGCGCCAGCUCCCAGCGGCCUGACUUUGCCGCCUACGUCCUGCACAUUGCGCUCGGCGUGCGCGGGCUCGGCCCGCUACUCACCGGCACGAUCCCGGCUCUCGUCCCGAAGCUCACCAGCCGACGACAGGCCAUCCAGCUCGCGCAUGUCGUGGUCCGAGUCCUCGCGCUUGCCGGUGACGACGCGGUCCCGCGCCGGAUCAUUCGCCAGUUCUUUGCCUUUGUCACCGAGUUUCUAGAGGCCAUGGCGCUCGCGAUGCGCCCUGCCAUCGCCUUUCCACUCGGCGUUCUUGCGCUCAUCUACCAGCACCGCUCGCUCGCGCGGGUCCUUCAGGCUGCACCAGCAACACGGCUGGCGUGCGCUCUGCGAUGCCUCCGUCACGAUGCCAUGGCGGUUCCGCUCUUCCGCCUCGACACCACGUCGGGCCGCGAGCGGCUUGUCCACCUCUUUGCCACCAUCAGCGACGCACCGUUCUAGCACAGCGACUCGGGGUCUCACCACGGGUAGUCGGCAGCGCGGUGCGGUGUGUAGCUGCCAAGCACACCGCCGACCAGCGGGUCAACAGCGAUGCGAGGCGGCGCCGGUGGAUGGCGGAGGUCGGCGCUGAGGUCGAGCGCCAGCGGCGCCGGUAGUUCCGGCUUGACACUAAAGUACCCAGCCGCACG